UUGUAGUGGUUGCUGGUCGGUGUCCGCUCUUCAUCGUGUUUUUCGGUGAAAUAUUUGUUGAAAAUUGCGAUGGGCGACGAAAGUUUACAUUUACCGGACGACAAUUUAGAAUAUUACAUAGUGACAUUAUUUGAAAAGAUUGACGCGCUUAGAAAUGAGACCGUAUACAUGACUCCGAAAUUUUGGAAAAUUUCGUUUCGAAAUGAAUUGCGUUCAUUAGAAUUUUGGCGGUGUGUUAUUUGUGAAUGUAUUGCAUCGUUUUGUUAUGUUUUUAUUGUUUGCGGAGCUACAGCAAGUGCCGGUGUCGGUGCUUCCGAGGCUUCCGUUCUCUUCGCAACAGCUUUGGCUGCGGGGCUCUCGAUGUGCACUUUGACACAAUGCUUCGCUCAUAUAAGCGGGGCCCACAUUAAUCCGGCGAUUACGGUGGCACUGACCAUUACCAAAAAUAUUACGUUCAUCCGCGCCGUUAUGUUUAUCAUCGCUCAAUGCGGAGGUGGAAUUGCGGGAGCUGCUUUUUUAUACGGGAUGACUAUACCAGGCUACCAAACCAAUUUAUCAAUCGCAUUAAUGCAUACUAGCAAUAUUGUGACAUGGGAAAGAUUUGUUGUGGAGCUAAUCCUAACGUUUAUAGUGGUUCUUACCUACCUGAUGACCAUGGAUACUUACACCAAGUGGUUGGGAAGCUCAUCCCUAACUAUUGGAGCCUCCUAUGCAGCAUGUACAUUAGUUUCGAUGCCAUACCUAAACCCCGCAAGAUCUCUGGGACCAUCGUUUGUGUUGAGUAAAUGGGAAAACCAUUGGGUGCACUGGAUUGGUCCAUUAGCAGGUGGAUUGAUUUCAGGGGUCAUCUAUAGAUUUGUUCUAAAUCCUCGAAGACGAAAGUGUUGUAAAGACUCGGCCGAUGGUGAUUCCUCCAGCAUACAAUCGGACGAAGAUCCUUAUGAUGAUUUAGAAAAACCUGCACCUAACAAGUAUAGCAGCUACAGGCAGACCGGAAACACAGUUGUAACAUCGGGAUCGGGCUACUGUCCUAGUUUGAUGUCUGCCAGCUUAUACUCGGCUCCACUGUGCAAGUUGGAGCGAGUGGAGUCUCUUUAUGGUGGUACAAAAUCACUGUACUGCAAGUCACCCCCCUUGACACGUGCAAAUUUGAAUCGUUCUCAAUCUGUCUACACCAAAUCAAACAAUGGUGCGACUAGGGACACAUUACCAAGACCGGGUCCUUUAGUACCCGCCCAAUCUUUGUAUCCCAUGCGUCUUAGCCAGCAACAAAAUCACACUCAGAACCAAAACGUGCAAAACCAAAUGCAACAGCGAUCAGAGACGACUUUUACUGGUCGUCCAAUGCAAACAAUAGGCGCAACAUCACGUCCAGACGUUUACGGUACUGUGAGCAACACUGGCCGAAAUAAUUCCUCUGACGCGGAAAAUACCAAAUACGAAGAUAACACAAAGAUUGCCCGAAACCGACCAGAAUCAAUGUACGGAAUGCCAACAAACCUUUCUCGCCAUCCUCCCACAGAUGACUCCAUGUAUAAUAGCUAUUAUGGUUCUACAAAGAGAAGUAAUACUACUAGCACUGUUGCAUACCACAAUACUGCAGCCAACGCUUCGUCAAAAACUUCCACUGUCAAUGGCUACGGCGCUACCGCGAAACCGGCUGCGUCAACUUCUACUUCUUUUCAUCAUUCAAUUUCACAACAUUCCCCAUCUUCGCAGUACUAAACAUGUUUAUGCAAUCGCGCGUUGUUUAUUUAAGAUAGUUUAGGUAGCUAAGUAUGCUCAAUUUGGAAUAGUUUUAAUUUUUAUAUAUGUCGUUCCUUUAUCUUCAUGAACAUGGUAGGUUAGUGUUCUGAUCUAUGUAUAAGCAAAUAAUUCCAACAUACACUUUCUCCAGAGUCUUCAGAAGUAGGUGAAUAUGAGAUACUUUUGAGCAAGGUAUUUUUGGACUUUUGGAUCUAAUGUUGGCUAGUUCUGUACAAAUUUGAACAGCGUGUAGAUAAAGUACUAGUAGUAACAAGCAAAAUGAUUUCAGUAAGUAGGUAAUUAUGGUGAUUGACACCACGUAAAUAUUCUCAUUGUAAACAGUAUUCCUUAAUUAUUUAUUUAAUUGUUAGUAGGUACCAAAGAACUCUACCGAUAGGUACUUAAGAUUCCUAUUAUAACUAACGACGUCGUACGUCAGUAAUAAAUUGCAAGCAGUGUAGAGAUAAUACCAAUUCGAGCAGCACUUAACUUAGAGCUGCUUACAGUGAUCGUUCUGUAGUAGGUAUGAUUGUAAUACUAUCGUUUUGAUGGGAAUUCUUUAUUCACUGUUAUUCAUUGUAUGGCAAAGGUGUGAUUGAAAUGUACAUUAAUUCGUAAUUUAUUGUUAAUCUUAUUAGAAGUGUAUAUAGAUUUACAAUGUAACUUUUCUCUUAAUCAUCACUAUU